GGCGGCGGGGCUGGGGGCUCAGCCAUGCCGGGCUCGCUGAAGGAGCAGACGGCGCUGCUGUUGGGCGACUACUUCCAGCACCGCCUGGGGGACGCGGCGCUGCCGCCGCCCAGCCCCGCGGCCGAGACGCUGCGGCGGGUGGCCAGCGAGCUGGAGAGCCGGGAGCGGCCCUUCUUCCGCGCCUGCCGCCCGCUGGCCCUGGACGAGCGCCGGGAGCCGGCGGCGCUGCUGAGCCGCGUGGCGGAGCAGCUGGAGGCGGAGGGCGGCCUGAACUGGGGCCGGGUGCUGGCGCUGGUGGUGUUCGCGGGGAGCCUGGCGGCGGCGCUGGCCGAGCAGGGCAGCCGGGAGGAGGCGGGCCGCUUGGCCGAGGUGCUGGCCUCCUACCUGGCCGAGGAGAAGCGCGAGUGGCUGGAGGCGCACGGCGGCUGGGAUGGCUUCUGUCACUUCUUCAAUGGACAUGGCUCUCAACCAACUGACCAGAGCAGUACCAUAAGCAGUGCUAUCAUGGCAGCAGCAGGGUUUGGACUAGCAGGGUUAGCUGUUCUCUUGGCUGUACGAUAGGCUGAUCCAAUGGAUGUUGCAAUGGAAAGUACUCUACAAACUGCCAACUUGCCAAUUAGAUUUCAGUCUAUUUUCUAUAGGAUUGACUCUUUAAGAAGAUAGAAGUUUUUAUAUUUUUUAAACUGGCUUGGAGAAUUGUCAUCUUACCACAUCCUUGGCUACAAACUGCUUUACUUGCUACCCAGUAACAGCACAAAUGAAAAUAUGUACCGAAACCACCAUUUGUGCAUGCACACAUUGCUUAUGAGCUCUGACCAUCCUCUGAACCUCUUUCUUUGAAAGAUGUAAUCUAAAUAUUGCCAUAGUUCAUUCAUGUACUGUAACUUCAGAGUAUUUAAUGUUAUGCUAGAAUAAGCAGUGGCAGUCUCGCAACCAAACCCCUUUGUUCAAGGUAUUUUGUUUAAUUGGGAGUAACUUUAGAACACAACUUCAGCUAUGCUGUAAGGUGAGCUAACACUAACUGUAAUGUAACAUGGUUUAUAACUCCAAAUGUGAUGCACUGCACAUAAUACUGAGAGGCAAUUCAUUGGUUAGUCUAGAGCAAUGAGUACCUAUGUUGUAAAGAACAUUAUGGCUUAAUAUUAAGGAAAUAUGACUAAGAAUAGUAUGCAGCUACACUACAAAUAGGUGAGGACUGAUAUAAAAGCAGAAAUGGCUGCAAAAUCUGUUCUGACUGAAAGGAAUUUAACUAUUGAAGACUUUUUUAAUUGGUAUAUUUGGAAAUCAGUGAAGGCUGGAAUUUCUCUGGAUUUCCCUGUCAAAUCAGAAUUUCCAUAUAUCUUAAUAUAUUUUUGAAGUAUUUAUCAUUGUAUAAUACUUGUAGCCAUGACAUCUUUAUUUUUGUUUGAAAUUUCAUUUUGAAUACAGGUUCUCAUGAUCUCUCUAGUGUAUAUCAACCAUUGUCUCCUUGAUCUAACAGUGUUAGUCUGUUUUUAACAAGCUGUGUAUGUCUUUCUACUGUUUCUAGUAGCUUUUAACUUUCCUGGGUUACUUUCAGCUUGUACAGUUUCUGUGGUGACUUAAUAUGGUGAAUAAAUGCUAUUAAGUAUUUUUAUUUUAAAGA